GUUAGUGUUCAGCCUUGUCUUGUGUUUAUCAACCACGGCGAGCUCAAAGGUCAGAUCAUUUGACUCAAACAUUCACAAGAUAUAUCGUACCACAGACCACACGCUUAUUCAGUCACCGUCGUACGACUCAAUUCCGAAUAAUCACACUUGUCAAAUAAAGACUAGCCCAUCAUGAUGCUUGCAGCGCGUCUUACGUCCCUAUCUAAAUCAUCCCGCUCUAAUAUCUCAUCUUUUGCUCGCAAAAUGUCCUCCCAUGAAGCUGUCAUUGUUGCUGCGUCGCGUACGCCUGUCGGAUCUCUAUACGGAUCACUCAAGACUUUGACCGCACCCCAACUUGGUGCUGUCGCCCUCAAGCAUGCUUUCGAGCAAUCGAAAGUUGAUCCCGCAGUCGUCGAGGAGAUUUACUUCGGCAAUGUCGUUCAAGCUGGUGUCGGUCAAUCACCCGCACGUCAAGUAGCACUUGCUACCGGCAUGAAAUCUGCAUCUGACGCUACAACCAUCAAUAAAGUUUGUGCUAGUGGUAUGAAGUCAAUUAUGAUUGCUGCCCAGAGCAUAGAGUGUGGUUAUAAGAACGUGGUUGCCGCUGGUGGUAUGGAGAGCAUGAGCAACGCUCCUUUCCUACUUCCCCGCACGAACCCAUUGUUCGGCAAAUUCGAGACCAAGGACUCUGUUGAGAAUGACGGUCUCUGGGACGUCUACAACAACUUUGCCAUGGGUAAUUGCGGUGAAACCGCUGCAGAGAAGUACGACAUCAGCCGAGUCUCACUUGACGAGCACGCAAUCGAAUCGUACAAACGUGCUGAUCGUGCGUGGAAAGAGGGCAUCUUCAAUGCUGAGAUAGCGCCUGUCACUAUCAAGGGCAAGAAGGGCGACACCGUUAUCAAGGAAGAUGAGGAGUAUAAGAAAGUCAUGUUUGAGAAGGUCCCCUCUCUGAAGUCAGCCUUCAAAGCAGGCGGACGGAUCACCGCUGCCAACUCUUCAAAUCUCAAUGAUGGUGCCUCUGCCCUGAUAUUAAUGUCUGCAGAUAAAGCCAAGGAGCUUGGCGUGAAACCGCUCGCCAAAGUCAUUUCAUAUGCGGAUGCGGGUGUUGAGCCCAUCGACUUCCCUAUGGCUCCUACUGUUGCUCUCCCGGAAGCACUAAAAAGAGCAAACUUGACUGUCGAUGACAUUGCACGUUUCGAAAUUAAUGAAGCUUUCUCGGUUGUUGUCCGUAUCGCCGAAAAGCUCCUGCAAAUUGACCCUGCAAAAGUUAAUAUUAAUGGUGGUGCUGUUGCACUUGGCCAUGCGAUCGGAAGUUCGGGUUCUCGCAUUGUGGUAUCCCUGGUUCACGCCCUAAAGUCCGGGGAGUAUGGUGCAGCAGGCAUCUGCAACGGGGGUGGGGCAGCUUCAGCCAUCGUUAUUCAGAAACUAUAGUUGUUUUACUUUACUUGUUUCUGUAUUAUUCUACGAACUUUCAUACCAUAUACUCAUCUGUACCCUAUCUUUUCUCGAUAG